UAAAAUCCCCCCACUCCUUCUUGCUUCACACAACAUAUCUUUCUCUUGUUCCUUCUCCUUGUGAUCUUCUUCAACCUUCAGAGUGAGAAAACACAUUCAGAAACCACGUUUCUCUCUUCUUCUUCUUCUUCUUCUUUUUCUUCUCUCGAGGUCAUUAUUAAGUAUUCACCAUGGAGGCACCAUCUCCCACCAAACCCAACGACCCAACAAAACCUUCCAACACUUCCACCACCCUUAGUCUGGAGGCCGGCCCGGCCCAAGCGAGCCCACUCCGAAAAAUGUUUGCCGUGGCGUCCAUCGCCGCCGGCAUACAGUUCGGGUGGGCUCUCCAGCUCUCUCUUCUAACCCCCUACGUUCAGCUUUUAGGAGUCCCCCACGCGGCGGCCUCCUUCAUCUGGCUCUGCGGGCCCAUCUCCGGGCUCGUGGUACAGCCCAUUGUGGGCUACUACAGCGACCACUGUACCUCCCGCUUUGGUCGCAGGCGCCCCUUUAUUCUCGGGGGCGCCUUAGCCGUCGCCGUCGCCGUGUUCCUCAUUGGUUACGCAGCCGAUAUAGGAUACGCGGCGGGUGACGACAUAUCGAAAACGACCCGACCCCGAGCGGUCGGGGUCUUCGUCAUAGGAUUUUGGAUCCUAGACGUGGCCAACAACAUGCUUCAAGGACCCUGUCGCGCCUUUCUAGCAGACCUAGCUGCCGGCGACCAACGAAAAACAAGAAUUGCUAACGGUUUUUUCUCGUUUUUCAUGGCCGUGGGCAACGUGCUAGGUUACGCAGCAGGGUCCUACAAAGGUCUCCACAAGAUGUUUCCCUUCACGGAGACCAAGGCCUGCGACGUGUUCUGCGCAAAUCUCAAGAGCUGCUUCUUUUUCUCAAUCCUCUUGCUGCUGUUUUUAGCAACGGUUGCUCUGCUCUACGUAAAGGACAAGCAAGUGGAAGCACGGGCCUUGGAUGACGCCACGCAACCCUCGUGCUUCUUUCAGCUUUUCGGUGCUCUGAAAGAGCUCAAGAGACCGAUGUGGAUGCUGAUGCUGGUGACAGCUGUGAACUGGGUGGGGUGGUUCCCUUACUUUUUGUUCGACACCGAUUGGAUGGGGCGCGAGGUGUACGGUGGUCAAGUGGGGGAGGACGCGUACGCCAAUGGAGUGCGCGUUGGGUCGCUAGGGCUGAUGGUAAACGCCGUCGUUUUGGGCUUCAUGUCGCUGGCGGUGGAGCCGUUGGGGAAGAUGGUUGGGGGAGUGAAGAGGCUGUGGGCGAUUGUGAACUUUAUUCUGGCAAUUGGGUUCGGAAUGACGGUGGUGAUCACCAAGGUGGCGGAGCACCAGCGCAAGAUGAAUCCCGCCGCCGUGGGUCACCCCUCCGAAGGGGUGGUGGUUGGGUCCAUGGUUUUCUUUGGGGUUCUCGGAGUUCCUCUUGCGAUUACUUUCAGUGUUCCAUUUGCUCUAGCAUCAAUAUACUGCAGCGCUUCAGGAGCAGGCCAAGGUUUAUCUUUGGGAGUCCUCAAUCUUGCAAUUGUGGUGCCACAGAUGGUGGUGUCUACAUUAAGUGGUCCUUGGGAUGCUUUGUUUGGUGGUGGCAACUUGCCGGCUUUCAUGGUGGGUGCCGCGGCGGCCGCAUUGAGCGCCAUAAUGGCGAUUGUCUUGCUGCCAACUCCAAAGCCAGCUGAUGAGGCCAAGGCUUCAAGCAUGAUGGCAGGGGGCUUUCACUAGUUAAUCGAGUUUUGCAUGUUUCAGUUUUGUCCCCUGCUUUAAUAGGAAGAAACCAAACAAAGAAAGUAAUAAAAGAAGAAAAUUUGGAUAGUCUUUUAAGAUUUGAAUUGAAGCUGGUGUGUAAUUAAGUAAUAGACCCACCAAGUGCUACAUUUAUAACCUUUUGUAGCACCCACUGAACAUAGUAAUUGUAGAGUUUGGUGUGAUUGUACAUAAUUGCAGUGGUUGGAACUUGGAAGACCCUUCCUCUUGUAUAAUUUUAGUCUGUUUCAGUGUUCAGAGGAAUGUGGUGAUUAAGGAGGAGUCUUAGUUUUAAGACUUUAUAUCAAUUAAUGAUAAUAAGGGAAAUGCUACUUUUACAAUGUUCUCUCAAUUACUUAUUUGAUAGUUUAUUUUUCUCU